AUGUGGACCAUAGAGAAUGAUGGAGACUUCUUCGACGGUAAAACACGGUGGCUCGUUCCCGGGAAGAAAUAUCUUUUCGGUAGGACGGUUUCGGAAGAUGGUCACUUCGCAAUCGCCGACAAGUCAGUUUCGAGACAGCAUUUAACGAUAGAGGUUAAAGUUGCUGGUCCAGAUGAUUGUGGAAACCCCAAAAGCCGGUCAAAAGUCAUUUUGAACGACCAAAAGACUAAAGCCGGUACCACGGUGAAUGGAGAGCAAAUUAAGGGCAUUGAGGACUAUGAGCUCAGGAGUGAAGUUAAUGAAAUAAUGAUAGGGAGAUCUAAGCAUUUAUUCCGAAUUACCUGGUGUCCAAUUGCUUUAUCGUUUUCAUUCUCUCCAAAGGAAUUAAAGGCCAAUCCUCUCAAAGCGCUUUAUGCAGCAUUUGGCCCACUCGACGUAAAAGUUCUUACCGAAUAUGAACGUGAUAUAACUUCUCAUGUUGUUGUCAAGAAACGGAAUACGGCCAAAGGACUUCGAGCUUUGAUUAAUGGAAAGUACAUAGUGGAUAAUGAUCCAUUCAUCAAAGCAAUUGUUGAUGCUACUACGCCAGAAUCAGAUGGCACUUGUAGCCUGGAGAAAGAUUUCAAAAAUAAUUUCCCAGAUGCUGUUCAAUAUCUCCCUGAGCGCGGCACGGAACCUACAGAUGAACCUGCAACAUCUUAUGCUCCCGAUCUCUCGAGGCAAACUAUGUUUGAUGGUUAUACCUUUGUUUUCUACGAUAAAGCUCAAUUUGAGACACUUCUAGCACCCAUCACGGAUGGACGUGGUAAAGCCUUAUAUCGUGAAGUCACACCUGCGCAAACUCCGGUGAAUGACUUUGUAAGAUAUGUAAAGAAUGUGGCAGGAGAGAAAGGAGUCGGUGAGUUUGAGGAUGGAAGCGAGGGAAAGGGUGUUGUGGUUGUGGGCUUCUAUCCCACAAAAGGAGAAGGCGUCGAAUGGUUCAAAGACUUUGCUAGUCAAGUUGCUUUGGCUUUGGAUCAACGACUCAUAUUACAAAGUGAAUUCUUGGAUGCAAUACUCAAGACAGAUGCAAGAUUAUUGAGAAGAGCUCUUGAAGUAGAGAUGUCUGGAGUCGUGGCUCCAACUUCAACACCAGCUACGUAUCCAAACGCUGGUAAAUCAACAGAGGCGUCUGCUGACUCUCAUCCUAUUCUACCUCCCAAGGAUAAUUCAGUUGCGACCCCCAAGCCUAAUUCAGCUGGUGCUUCCUCCACAGCUUCUGCUCCUAAGGAUGCUAUCUCGCAAGAAACUCAAUUUCGAAGAGGUAGAUCAAGGCGAGCUGUGACAAGUCGUUUCAGUGGUUUUGAUGAUGACGACGACGAUGAUCCUCCGCCAGCACCGAUCUCUCUAGCUUCUAUACCAGAGGCCAUGGUAGUAGAACAAGAUCUGCCCGAAGAAUCCCAAGGACUCUUUGUUUCUCAAGAUCCGAACCGCGAAGUCCAAACUUACCGCGCAAUGUCCCAGUCUGUGGAACCUGAAGAAUCAUCUCAACCGACACGGCGAUCAACAAGAAAAAGGUCUGCACCCCCCAUUGCCGAAGAAAAGUCAUACAUGGAUAGUUUCGCACCCACUACCGCGUCCUUCAAACGACAACGUCGAGAAAGAGGCGAACCAACUCCUCCACCUCCUGUUAUCAAAAAAGAAGUUGUAGCUCCCGAAUCGGCGAAAAAGAAAGAAAAGAAAGAAGUCGAUAUCGAAGCUUUGGUAGCCCAGCAACGAGAACGCGCUGAAGCAGCUGCACAAGCCGAAGAAAAUUCUCUGAAACAAGCUGUCUCAACAAUUGAUAUCGAAGAGAUGCGUAAGCUAACGAUAGUGGAGGAUAUGGAAGUUAAGCGAUCUAGACCGGCACCUAAAACAACAAGGCAUAUGGAUGAAGGUGACAGAUGGGAUGAUAAAUGGAAUGGACGGAAGAACUUCAAGAAAUUUAGAAGGAGAGGCGCAGAAGAUGGACCAGUAAGAGCUCACGCUAGGGUCAUCGUGCCUCUCGAGGAAGUCAAGAAGAGGGACAAUGAAAACGGUGAUGAGUACUGGGGUCUAGAUGGAAACGACAACGAUACCCAACUUCGAAGAAACAAAGGCAAAGGCAAAGGCAAAGCAAAAGAAACACAAGCAGAUACAGAAACCCAAGAAACACAAACCCCAAUCUCCUCAUCCCGCUCCAAAGCAAAACCGAAACCGAAAACAAAACCACAACUCCGAGAAAUUAACUCGGAAAACGAAGAUGAGGAAUUACCGGAAAAUCCAAUGGAUGCGCGUGCGUUGAGCGCAGAAGUGGAGAUUGUACCGGAAUCGGAGGAUGAAAAUGAACAUAGAGGUGGAAAUGAAGACGAUCCAGGUGUAUUCCGUUCCCUAACCCCUGCAUCCACAGGACGAAGUUCGCGAGCUUCGACGACGCAGAAGGAGAGUUUGAGGAGUAGUGGGUUGAGUGGGACGGGAAGGGAAAGGGACGGUAGUAUUGGUCUUGGGGCAAGUGGGAAUAAGAGGGCUGCGACGAAUUCGUUGGGAAAGACGGCGUCGGUUAAGAGGGUGAGGACGGGGGUGAGGAGUGGAAGUGGAAGGAGGGUGGUGGAGGAGGAGGAUGAGGAUAGGUUUGUUUUUAGGUAG